AUCUGAUUGAGAUUCCAAGUAUAACAAACUUGUUCUUUCCCUUGAAACCAUCCUGCUUUAAAUCUGAUAAAUUCCCUGAUAGCUCGAAUCUGACAUUCCAAACCAUAUAAACUGUAAUUGAAUUCAUGUCUUGGGCUCGCUUAUAAAACCCAUAUUUAGCAGAAAUACUACUGUCAGUCUUGUAUCGUCAAUUCGGACAGUCGAAAUGAGAACCAAUUCAACUUUAAUUACUCAAGACUCGACUACUGUUGUAUCUAACACUGUCAGGAUUGGUUUAACCCGUUCAAAUACGAGUAUUGUGUUAACCAGCAAACUGUCCAAUGUUACAGAAUCAUCCAUUUCAGUAUCGUAUCGUCCAACUCUCUCAUCUCAGACCGUCAAGUCAUCUGAAUCUUAUCAUCCGCCGACUUCUACUUAUAUAGAACAUACAACUGCUGUUUCCACAAACCGUCCCUUGACCAAUGUAGCCAGUCCAUCUACCAUUCUACACGGCAACCCGCUGCUAUUGGCUAUUUAUGCAUCUGUUUUGACCUGUGGUAUUGCUGUGGUUGUGAUGGUAUAUCUUGUGAUUCGGAGAUGGUAUAUGAAACGAUUACAUCCAUCAGUAGAUUGUGCUGGUUUGCGCAACCCUAAUGGCAGUACUCCUUGUUUCUCCAUGGCAUGGGGAAAUGCCUGGCCAUUUAAAAAUCUCAAAUCAAAUAGUCUAGAAAGUCGAUCAAGAAAAAAGACUACUUUACCGAAUGUGUCAUCACAAGUUCAAGAUUGCCAAUCUAUUCAUCAUUUAACCAGUGAGUUGGCUUAUUCGCAGUCGAACGAGUCACUUCAAACGCCUGAAUCGGAUACGAUGCAUCGUGAUAUCAUUCUCCCGUUACAGGAAUACAAUGGUGUUCAGUCAACAUAUACGACUUUGGCACCUAUGCAUGAUACAUCGUUGAGUCUCUAUGACAAUUCAUAUACUAUGCACUCGGUCUCCAUCACUCCAAGUCGCGAUAUGUCAUCUAUAGUAACCAACAAUAGCUUUUUGGACCAAAAAAGGAUCAAACCAUCACAAGGUGGAAUGUCUAGGGAAAAUGAAACAGCGGUUCAUAUCGAUACAAAACGGGACUUUACUCUGGCCAAAUCGGAUGCAGGAUGUAACCAACCACCAAGUAUUAUUGUUAAUCAGCAGCUUACACCACAAUUAAAUCGGAUAAAAACACCUUUACAAAAAGGCAUUUGCGCUACAAAUGAUAAUAAUCAUAUCCUAGCUAGAUCGUCACAUUUUGCAGAAAGUUGUGAUAACUUGGAACCUGAUAUUUGCCAUCCUUCUAUAUCAUAUGCCGAUAUAUCAAGUGCAAGUGCAAACAUGAUGUCAGAUACUUCUCUAUCCAAUUAUUUAAGCUCUCAUGGAUAA